GAAAUUACAAGUUUGUACAGGAAAGGGCGGGUGAACCGGAUUAAAUAGGGCAAAAUUUGCUAAAUUCGUUACUACUUUCUGUAAUCGAUAGAAACUUAUUUUAGGGUUUGAAUCAGAUUCAACAAACUGAUGCUGCGUCGCUGUCUCCGAUUUCACUUGAGCUUCCCGUUUCUGCCUUAAACACUGUUUUUUUUAUUUUUUAUUUUUUUUAUUACCACUGGAAAGAUUUCAGAGGUGCAUAAAUGGGCGUACCUAAGCAGAAGUGGACAUCAGAAGAGGAAGCUGCUCUUAAAGCUGGAAUAGCCAAGUAUGGACCAGGGAAAUGGAGCACAAUUCUCAAAGAUCCAGAGUUUUCUUCUGUGUUGCAUUUGCGUUCCAAUGUGGACCUUAAGGAUAAAUGGAGAAAUAUGAACUGCAUGGGUAGUAGCUAUGGAUCUCGCCAAAGGGGUAGUAGACCUGCAAAAUCUCAGCCAAUUCAUAAGUCUGAAGAUAUUUCUACUUCUUCUAAAGAAGAAGAUGGUAUGCAAAUUUGUAUUGUAGAUCCUCUUCCAACAUUAGCUCUACCAUUGCAAAUUCAUGAUUCCAAGAAGCCAAUGCAAAGAUUGGAAUUGGAUAGCCUUAUAUUGGAUACAAUAGCUAAUCUGAAGGAGACUUGUGGCUCUAGUCGUGCUUCAAUUGCUGAAUAUAUUGAGGAGAAUCAGUCAACACCUCCCAACUUUGGAAAACAGUUGAAAGAAGAGUUAAAUGCUUUAAUCGAUUGUGGGAAAUUGAUUAAGGUAAAGCAUAGGUACAGAAUUGCACCAAGUUCAUAUGUAAAAAAGAGCUCAAAAAAUGAAGAGAAUUGCAGAGUGGGAGAGACAAGUGGCAACAAGAUAAUUACAAAAGCAGAAAUAGAUGCAGAGUUGGAGAAGAUGAAGAUGAUGACACCUCAGGAGGCUGCUGCUGUUGCUGUGGAAGCAGUUGCAGAAGCAGAAGCUGCUAUUUUGGAAGCUGAAAGGGCAGAAAGGGAAGCAGAAGUUGCAGAAGCUGAUGCAGAAAAACUGCAUUUUGGGCAUGAAUAUAAUGAGAUUGAAACAGGAUUUUGGAGGUGAUCGUUGUGUUGAGAUAUGUGGAUUGUUGUAAAGGCUUGUGGAUUUUGUUCUCUUUUGAGGUAUAAAAUGAAUGAGAGUAUUUAAUUAGGUAAACAAAAAUUGUUUUGGGUAAACUGCUCACAAAUAUGAGAUUGGAGAACACAAAUACCAUAUUUUAUAGGAUUAAAACGUGCUUUUUUGAAAACAAACCCACUUAUGUAAAUACUUGAUUAGCACAAUGCGAAGAAAAGAAGUGUAAAGAAUGCCUCAAACUGUCAUAUGGUUGUUAAUUAAAUAAAAAAGAUGAGAUAAUGACUUAAAAG